AUAGCCUACCAGCUGCCCCCCACUGCAGCAGCUCAGGCAGCUGUACAGCAAUAGGCCAUCAUAGCUCGCGAGACACACAGCUCCAACGGAUGCCUUACGCCGCGGGCUCCCGCUGCCUGGCAACGCCGGACCACACACCCAGCCCCCCUCUGUUUACGAACCACCCAUGCCGUGUCUACGGAGGCUACCUUCAUGGACUGUGCGGUGUGCAUGACCCGCUUGGCGACAACGAGAUGCGCAGUGUUUGCCACGGAUGUGUCAACUCGUGUAACCGCAAUCAAGCACAGACUCGACUGCUGGGGCUGCAUCCUCGAAGCGCCCCUGCCCGGACGGGCGGGCAACGGGGAAGGAGAAGCGAGCGGGUGCACUGGGCAGCUUGAAACCCGUUGGCAACACCGCACGUAGGAAAGUUCGUGGCGCCGAAAACCGCAAACGACCGACGCUCGAAGACAAGGUUCGGGCGCUCGACCUUUUGAAGAGCAUGAGCGGCGUAGCAAUCGCGAAGGAUAUGGAGAUCGGGGUGAGCACCUUGUACGGGUGGAGAGCUAAGGAAGCAGACAUCAGACAACAGGCAGCAGUCUCCAUGCCCGGCGCCAAGUCUACGAAGGGGGCUGAGUUUGUGUGGAGCAAGCAGUCAUGGAAAUGUUGGUGCAGGCGAGGGCACUGAGAAUGCCUGUCAACCGGGACGCGAUCCAGGCAUUCGGGCGCAAAGCUCGUCGUGCUCUCGAGAACGCAGCAUCUACGGACGCCGAGCGUGUGCAGUACAGCGGCUUCAACGCGUCCGAGGGGUGGGUAAAGAGAGCUCANUGCCAAGGGCAACAACCUGCACUCCCGUACACUUCACGGGGAAGCAGGCAGCGUCGACGACGAAGCCAUCGCCGAUCGCCUCAGAGUACUCCGCGAGACGUGCGCUCAGUAUGCCCCAGA